UGCCAGCCAGAGUGAGACUGCUGCUGCUGCUUAGAGACAGGGGGGACACCGGGGGAGUGAGAAGGGACGGGAAAGCCUGAGACAAGUGUGGGAAAAAAUGAAGAGGAGGGGGUGUGAGUGCAAAAGCCAGCGCAAUGUGCAAGGAAAGCAACUCAGCUACAAAGUUAACUACUAGCACAUGGAGGGGGAGCUUCAGGGCUGCAGAAUUUAAAGGGGGUCUCUAGCUAAGGGAAGGCUCACAUUGGGCUUAGAGAGAAGUGGAGGCUCAGGCACUGGGGGCUGAAGGGAGAAACAGAUCUGAUAGGACAUAGGGUGGCGGGGAGACACCUAAAAGAAAAAGGCAUUUCAAAGAGAUGGAGAAUGUUGGGUUCCUAAUGAGGGGAACAGGCUGACAGUGCAGGUGUCUGAGAGGCACAGGUAUUAGUGUGGCAGGUACAGGGGCAGAACAGUUAAACAGGUACAAUAUAUGGGCACAUAGAUAUCUACAGAACCGCAUAUUAGAGCCCACAAAAUGAAACUGCAGAUAUAGUCAAAUAGGUAUUAGGACAGAGAGACAGAUAUAUACAGGUAUCAGCAGAAUCAGUACAUUGAGACAUAGCUGAGAGGGAGGGACAGACUGACAGAGGGGUAUAGCUGGAGGGACAGACAAGCAGAGGGGUAUAGCUGGAGGGACAGACAAGCAGAGGGGUAUAGCUGCAGGGACAGACUAACAGAGAGGUAUAGCUGGAGGGACAGACAAGCAAGAGGGGUAUAGCUGGAGGGACAGACUAACAGAGAGGUAUAGCUGGAGGGACAGACAAGCAAGAGGGGUAUAGCUGGAGGGACAGACAAGCAAGAGGGGUAUAGCUGGAGGGACAGACUAACAGAGAGGUAUAGCUGGAGGGACAGACAAGCAAGAGGGGUAUAGAUGGAGGGACAGACUGACAGAGGGGUAUAGCUGGAGGGACAGACUGACAGAGGGAUAUAGCUGGAGGGACAGACCAACAGAGGGGUAUAGCUGGAGGGACAGACCAACAGAGAGGUAUAGCUGCAGGGACAGACUGACAGAGGGGUAUAGCUGGAGGGACAGACUGACAGAGGGGUAUAGCUGGAGGGACAGACUGACAGAGGGGUAUAGCUGGAGGGACAGACAAGCAGAGGGGUAUAGCUGGAGGGACAGACUGACAGAGGGGUAUAGCUGGAGGGACAGACUGACAGAGGGGUAUAGCUGGAGGGACAGACAAGCAGAGGAGUAUAGCUGGAGGGACAGACCAACAGAGUGGUAUAGCUGGAGGGACCCACAGGUAGGUAGAAAUAACCUACACAUUGCAGUGAGCCUGACAAAAGGGUGGAAAGCAGUAAAGCAAAGGAAAGGGAGGAGGAGUGACUGGAGGCAAGAGGAGGGCAGCUAGGGGCAAGCACAGGAAGGACAGAAACAACUUGCCCUCUGCUUUCUGACUAUUACAUCUGCAUGGGGUGUCAAGAACAGCCAUUCUGACCAAUGGGCACCCCUAAAAGCCCCUGCAAUGGAGGCAUGGAGGCCUCUCCUUUGGACCUUAGUACCCGCAGGAAAAUGGAUUUGGCCAGUGUGGGCGCCGCACACAGCCCCCCGGGACUUCGCUCUUGGACAGCGGCUGCUGAAAGUCUGAAAGCCGUGAAGCUGGAAGAAGUGGAGCUGCCGGCAGAGGGCCCCAGUGAGUCACUGGAGGGACUGCGCAAAGACCAAGCCUGUCUCCCCAUCCGAAAGCGAAGGUACCAGCCGCCUCUGGAACAUGAGGGGCACUUUGUCAAACGGACAGAUAGGAGCUUAGAGUGGGCAAAGAGGUACCACCCUCCAUGUAUGGCCUUUGCACUGCCAGGCUAUUAUCAAGCAGGUGCUUCAUAUUUGCCCUCAUCUUUACCCCUUUACGCUGCUCCUGCCCCUCCAUUGUUGAACACACCCCUUCUCGGAAUUCUACCUACCCACCACCCUAAGUUGCUCCAUGCAGACACACAGCUCCAGGCUGACAUUGCUGCCGCCACGCGGCCGGAUGAGGAUGGAGACACAGCUCUGCACAUUGCAGUGGUUCAUGGAAACAUUUUGGCUGCUCAGAGGGUGAUUGCUCUCCUACUUCAUGGAUCAAGGCAUCUAGAUAUGCUUAACAAUCUCAGGCAGACCCCGCUCCACCUUGCAGUGAUUACAGAUCAGCCAGCCAUGGUCUCUCUCCUUUUGGAAAAUGGCGCCACGCCUCAGAUUCCAGACCGCAAUGGGCAGACUUGCGUUCACCUCGCCUGUGAAUACGAGAGCAUGAGAUGCCUGGAAAUCCUGCUGAGAGGGAGAAAGUGGGACCUGGAGGCAACAAAUUACCAGGGUAUGACAGCACUGCAUGUGGCCAUGAAUACUGGGCGCAAGGACCUGGCACUCUGUUUACUGGAUAGCGGAGCAGACGUGGAUACUGUGGAUAUAAAGAGCGGCCGCAGUUCCUUGAUCCAAGCAGUGGAAGGUGGUUCUGAGGAACUGGUUUCCCUUCUCCUACAGCGGGGUGCCCAAGUCAACGCGCAGACCUAUGCCGGUAACACAGCACUGCAUGUAGCCAGCGGACGAGGCCUGGUAGAGAUCACACGACUACUGCUGCGGAGCGGAGCUGAUGGUACCGUAAAGAACUGUCACAAUGAUACUGCUGUGACAGUGGCAAAGGAUAGAAUGAUUUCAGAUAUAGUAAAGGGCAAAUCUUCCUCCCCUCAUGAUAUGAACGAGAGAUUCAGGGGAGAAUACAGAGACAGUGCUGUUUCCUCAUCUCCACAAAAAGCAACACCAGGAUAUCAGCCGCUCAGUCCCCCGACAUGAGGAAGCUUUUCAUCCCCCUUCAUAUAU